AUCUCAGCCUGUAUGAGAGAGCCAACAGUUUGCAUGUCUUUAGCCAUGCUUAUGGAAGUAACGCUACAUCUCUGUGAUAGAAUGUUCCUAAGCGCCUGAUGUGGUUUCGAUCUAACAGUUUCUCGGCGUUACCUUUAGGGCAGAUUAUUGGUGUAACAGGAUAAUUCUCUCGGCGUCUCGGACACCUCCUAUAGAGCAAAAACAGGGGCCACGCUUCAGCGACCUCAUCCAGAGGUGGCACGCUCCGGCGACCCAAGUGUACGAUGUAGCGCGUAGUAUUCAUUAAGUCAGACAAAUUGAUGUAGAGGAGAACGUAGAUUAGUGUUUGGUUGGAAGCUGUAUACAGAGGUGUUGAGCAGUGUCCUACGGUGUUCGGAUACGUUAUUGACGAAUCCUCCGAUACAUUAUUGACGACUUGUACGACACACCGUAUUGAUGAUCUUUCAUUGCUGUGAUAUUAUAUUGACGGCCAUCCUUACGUUUCCCUCAGUCAGGAUAUUGCCAGUGUGUUUCACCAUUAAAUAUCACCUGAUAUUUAACACGAGAUAUAGAACUAUUAUUUCCUUGGAUGUGUUGAGAAUGGAUCUUUAAAUUCUAGGCAGACUUUGUUGAGGACACAUGUUACCUGUGGAUACUUUGUAUGAGGGAUCUUUAAAUUUUAAUUCUGACCAGAAAGUGUUGCUAUACACCUGUUACCUGGGUGACAUGGUUUUAGUUGUACCUAACAAGGAUUUACCUGUGUGUUCUGGACAUCGUUAGCCAAUAAAACAAAGACACCCCGACUAAUUACCAAAGCUGAGGAGUCACCACAGAAGAUACCCACUCCUCCAUGGACUCUGAGACUGAGGCUGUGUGAAGUUUUAUAAAGUGUGUGAUUACUGUGAUCAGGAUUAGUCCCCGUGUAUCAACAUUGGACUCAACCUGCCUUCUACUUGUAACCCAGCAUUGUGUUUUAAAGGGAUAAAAGGUUGUUCACUUUUUUAUUUUAUUUGAAUUUCAAGACAACGUAGAGUAACGAAAAAAACACCCUUCAAAGUUACAGAACAAAGUCGUGAUUCAUCAACACAAAAAGUGUAGCUUGUGGAUUUUGUUAAAAAAAAUAGUUUAUUGUUAUGAGGAGUAGAUUGCCAUUGUUUUGAGUGUAUUACUAGUGUAAACUGGGAAAUCAAACUACAGCAACCUUAAACACUUUUUUCGCGUGGAUUACCCGUGCCAUAAAGGACAGGAUUAUCAGUGUUGUAAGGGACCGUAGCUGUGUAGCCUCAGCGGUUUUCUGGUGAUUCUGGUGAAUGGGAUUUCUGUGUUCUGAGGGAUUUAACAGAGAAAUUUUACUUCAGCCUGUCAUGUGGUUUUAGGUGACUAGUGGGAUUUAGUAAAAUACACUGUGGAGUUUAUAUAGGGAUCUUUAUAACAUGAUGGAAUAUUACGGAGGCUGGCAAAAGAUGAUCGUCCAGAUCUGGCUGUAUCUGUCUCUUUCCCUCCUCAUCAUAGCUCGAGCGCUGGGAUCCCAACAAUUCACUGCCCAACCCGAAAACACGACGACGACUCAGAACUCUACUGUUGUGCUGCAAUGUGAAGUGAAAAACCGACAGGGCACGCUUCAGUGGACGCGAAAUCGGCUAGGCCUUGGGACUGUUCGUGCACUGCCAGGGUUUCCACGCUACUCUAUGGUGGGAGGGACAAAUACUAUUGGAGGAGACACGAUUGAGGAGUACAACCUGAAGAUUGUUGAUGUACAGCUGGAGGAUGAUGGGGAGUAUCGCUGUCAGGUCACGGCCACCGAACAGACGCAGGGAAUCAUCACCAACAAAAUCACUCUUAAUGUACAAUUACCUCCUGACGCUCCACAGAUGGGAGAUAUGUCAACCAUCGCUGUAAUUCAGGGCUCACCGACAAAUGUGUCAUGCCAGGCAAACAAUGGGAAGCCAGGGGCAGAGAUCACAUGGUACCAGGAGGGUGUACGGAUCACUCAUAACGUGUUCUCACGCACGAUGACAAAGGCCAACAAACGUGCAGAUACACUCAGUGUUGUCACCAUAGUCGCCUCAAAAGAGGAUGCUGGGAAAAAGAUAGAGUGUCGAGCAAACAACCCAGCCCUGCGACAGCCGUAUAAAGCUCACGCCAUCUUAGAUGUACAAUAUCCGCCCAGCCUCACUAUGGCCCACAACAUCAGUCGUCAGAUUCGGGAGUAUGACUAUGUCCGGUUCACGUGUACGGGGACGGCUAAUCCAUACAACAUUCAAUGGAAAUGGCUUCACGACGGAGUGGUGAUCGCAGGGAGUAAUCAGAACUACCUGGACAUUCCGUCGAUCAAACGUGACUUCCAUCAGUCGAGGAUUACGUGUGAGGGCUCAAACGCAGUCGGCAGUACCCGCGCCAACGAAAUACUUCACAUACAAUAUGGUCCACGAUUUAUCGGAGCUCCACAGCAUGUAGCGGUAGAUCUAGGUGACCCAGCAACAUUGGUUUGUAAUGCCGAGGGAAACCCAGAGCCAAACAUUCUGUGGACUAAGCAGGAUUACUAUAACCCUAUAAGUACGUCGCCUUCCUUACACAUCCCUGAGGUCGAGGCCCGUGACCUUGGCACAUACAUCUGUACCGCAACUUCAUUGGUGGCUGGAUUCCACGAGGUCAGCCGUGAAAUUUUACUGCUACAGAAAGGACCACCAAAGAUCUUAAGCAACAAGAACCAGUACGCAGCCACAGGAGCGAGCGCUAAACUGGAAUGUCUAGUCCGCUCGGUCCCCGCCCCUACCAAAAUAAAAUGGGAGAGAAACAAUGUUGAGAUUGUCUACGCCAAAUCUGGCCGAUACUCGGAGACGGAGGAUCCGUUGGCUGAUGGGGUUAAACACAUGUUACAGAUCAUACAAGUCCAGGAGAGUGACUUCGGCCAGUAUAACUGUAGUGUGGAGAACGCCCGAGGGUCGGAUCUCAUCACCAUUACACUGCUAGAGAAAGAUAUCCUGCCGCUGUCUUACAUCAUAGGAGGUAUUGUUGGAGGCGUUGCUCUCAUCUUCCUCAUCGUCAUUGUCUUUGUCAUUUACCAUAGAUACAAGGCUUCAGACUCAGACUCCUAUGCUGAAACAGACAGUAACACUGAAAUUAAAAAACGCGAGAAAACAGAAUCACCAUCGGAUUUUACAAAAUCCACACUUAUGGACCAAUGGAGGCAGGAUUUAAAUUUCCAUUGCCCCACAGAUUACGAAGAUCUGUACGGACAAAAGGGUAAACAGCAGUGUACUGUGAGUACGGUCGAGAGCACGGACUCCAAUUGUAAUGAACCUAAGUUAAACAGCAGCGGCUACGGGACGCUGACGUCCGAUAAUUACAUAAAUGCUUACGAUCAUCACAACGGUGGGCCGUUAUUUAGUGAUUAUGUUCAUCGAACAGACGAGGCCCUACCAGCAGAAAGGUUUGAAAACGGAUACAACACGUACGGAACAAGUUCAUUUCGGAGUGCAUCACGGACAGACUUCACCAAUCCGGACUACACGGAUCCAUACUCCAGCAGACUUCCGCCCGCUGAUGUCAACACGGCCAAACUGGCCACCACGGUGUGACGUGACCAGGAACUUUGUCGACACCUUAGACUGACCUUUGUCCAGGUUCAUGUGGCUUCCUGUUAGAGGCUGACCUGGUCAUGUGAUCUGUUUGUGGUAGUUACCAUGGCGACUGCCUUGUAGUUGGUCAUGUGACCAGAUAGGAAAUGUUCUGGACAUAAGUAGACAUCAACUCCAGACAGAAUAAAAACAGUCUAACAUUUAUGUGCCUCUACCAAAUGUAAGAACACUUCUGAUUGGAUAUUGUGAUUGAAAUGGCCAAUCCUAGUGAUUGUAUAAUGUCUGGUUUAGUAAAGAGAGACAAGAUCUAUGAUUGGCUAAUGUUGAUUACUCUGGCCAAUGAGUGACUCAUUUGAUGUCUGGAUAGACGGGAAAGUGUUGGAACACAGACAUGAGAACUAAAAUAACACUUCAUUGUUCCUGGUCUUCAUUACACUCCGAAAGUCUGAACUAUUUAUAGUGACAGCAUUUGAUACUAUAGUCUAUGCACGCUGUAGGUGGACAUUUCAUAGCCAUAAUUUUCAUCUGUCAUCCACACACAGUAUCGUGUGCGCGUGGUACACUCCGUAAAUGUUGUGACGUAUGAACGAGGGCUGGACCUUAUCGCUGUUUUAUCGUCGUAAACAUCGACAUCAACACCACUUGUAGAUACAAGUUUACAAGUGUCUGGCUUCUGGAGCUUUAGUUUAGCAUGUAAAUCCACAAUGAAUUGGAUAUGAAGAGAUAGCGCUCUGCUUGUCAAAGGGAAACAACUCCGUACGACAUGUUUCAGUAGUAAUUAAUUUUAAAAUUGUUUGAUUUUCUUUUAUCAAUAAAAGGGAAGUAACCCCGAUGUAAUUCUAUAGUAGUAAAAAACAACAGGCAUUAAACAUCAAGUACCAGAUUUUAUUCAGUGUCAUCCAUUAGUUGGGAAAUCUUAAUGCCAUAUCAUGUUCCACCUUAUGUUGUGUGCCUUUGUACCCAUAGUGACAGUUUUUAGUGUAUACCCAUAUAAGUCAUUAGUCACAGAUCAGACAAUCAUGUUUAAGUGGGGUACAUUUGUCGUCAGAAUAACAUCGAUCAUAUUAUAUCUUACCCAUUGUUAUAUGUAACAAUCGUAUUACCAUACCUAAUAUGUAAUGGUGUAUAUAUACCAAUCCAGUGACAUCAUGUAUUGUAUACCAACAUAAGGAUUAUACUUCUCAAACAACGGGACCACAACCAGGAGAUCUCAACAUCACUGCUCACAAUCAGUCUUAGAAUAGGUAUAGGAAUGUCAUAGGGUUAAUACAAAGUAGGGGUUGGCAUGGAGAUGGGGUCAACAUGGAGAUGGGGUCAACAUGGAGAAGGGGUCUGUAUAGAGAAGGGGUCUGAAUAGAGAAGGGGUCAACACCUAGAUGGGUCAAUAUGAGAAAUAGUGUAACCCACAAACCUAACAUAUACCCAUCAUAUAGAUGUGAUCCUGAAGGUCAAGGUCAGUCCCAAUACUAGAACAGCCAUAGGGACUUAACUUGCUCCUAUAAUGACCCAGAAUGAAACAAAUUAACUCUGGGGUCUAACCCCAAGAUAACUUAUUAUAGACUUAAACCCUAGGUUUGAUUUUUAAUUCUGGGAAGGUGUCAAGGACCUGAGAGAACAGCUGACUCCUGUUUUACUGAAUAAAAUGUUAAAGAUUCAAUAAUUUUAUGAAUAUGUUCAAAGUCAUCAGCCCUGUGGUAACCACAGAGUUGUCUCCCCUGUUAGAAUCUUAUGUAGAACAUCCAGUGUUUAUCUGUGUAUGUGAGUUAUAGGCACAGAUAUCUGUUUUGUAAUGAUAUCAUAACUUAUUGUACCUGUACCAGCAUACCUUCAAAAUCCAAGGGUUCCAGUCUCAGUCCUUAUCCUCUUUGUAUCCUUGGGUAUUUCAUAGCAAUAUUGAAGACCAGUUAGUUCUUUACUUGGUUUGAGAUGAAAUUUGCUUGGGCUUCCUACUUUAUAGAAUACCCUGACAUAUUAGAAAUAUAAUUCAUCUUUGUCAUACGUACUGGGUGAUAUACAAGUGGUUGAACAUUGUGGUAGAUCAGUCUGAUGUGAUUGGGCUCAGUCAGUAGAGCGCCCUCUAUAAGAGGUGGAUAGUGUUGUGAUAUUGUGUUUGUAGUUAACGAUUAUGUUGUAAUUUUUUAUCAUUGUAAAUUUUGAUCAUUAAAUGCAGGGCUGAAGGCAUGUGUUCCUGGUGGAGAUGUACAUGCCUCAAUUUGACCGUCCACUCUGUGUGCUUCUGUAUGUACAAUAAUAUUUAUUGCUGUCAUUUUUACCAUUAUUACAAUUGAUCUAGAGUUAUCUGCCCUUUGAACUUUAGUUAACAUGACCUCUCAAAUUAAUUAGCAGAAUUUGAAAGAUUUUAUAUUAAACCAGAUUGCGUUUUUUUUGUUCGCUCACAGAAUUUACAGAGUUAAAUCAUGUUAGUUUUUUACAUUAUCACAUUUAGGCAGAAUGUGUGUGACCACUGUUACCACGGUUACCACACACGCUAAUGUAUUAACUAUUAACAAAUAUAUCUCCAAGGCCAAUAAUUAAACAUUCAAUAUUAAACAUUUAGUAUCAAUAAGAAUGGUACUUAUUUCCUAGUCAUCCAUUUGAGUCCAUAUCAAGGGAUAUGGACGUCAUAGAUAAAUGGAGGUUUGUAUUUAUAUCUGUGAGCUUAGUAAAGGAGAAAACCAUAAGGUAGUCGUUCACAUUUUAUUGUCAAGUAUACAAUGUAAAUUCCAUUUACAUUAGAUCUGAAGUGACAGUACAGUCAGGUAUACAAUGUAAAUUCCAUUUACAUUAGAUCUGAAGUGACAGUACAGUCAGGUAUACAAUGUAAAUUCCAUUUACAUUAGAUCUGAAGUGACAGUACAGUCAGGUAUACAAUGUAAAUUCCAUUUACAUUAGAUCUGAAGUGACAGUACAGUCAGGUAUACAAUGUAAAUUCCAUUUACAUUAGAUCUGAAGUGACUGUACAGUCAAGUAUACAAUGUAAAUUCCAUUUACAUUAGAUCUGAAGUGACUGUACAGUCAAACUGUGUUAUCUCAAACUCUGAUAAGACUGUACGCAGUUCAAAGUAAAUAAGCAGUUCCCACAGUAAAUAAGCAUUUCCCACAGUAAAUAAGCAGUUCCCACAGUAAAUAAGCAGUUCCCACAGUAAAUAAGCAGUUCCCACAGUAAAACGAUGUAAAACAAACCCAGUUACCUCUAAUACUUAAAUUUCUUCAUCCCAGUGAAUUUGAGAUAAUGAGGUUCCACUGUAUCUCAGUUCCAGACAAAAAAAGAUUGUACAUUUAUAAAAACACAAACAAAUGCUUGCAUACAUUACGACAAUUAAUAGGCAGUGUGAUAAAAAAAACAAUUAAAAAAUGAUUUAUAUACCAUAUCUAAAUAGACCUAGGAUAUAAAUUGUAGAUACAAUGUACACUUUAAUUACAGUUAAGACAUUUUAUUGCCCAUCAAUUAUAUUGUAUUGUCAGCUUUGCAGGACCUGAAUUAUCUCCCUUUAUGACUUUUAUCUGUAGUAGAAAUAACUUGACACUCCCCAUAUUAACACAAUACAGUAUAGCGUAUCUAACAUAUACCCAACAAAGGGUAUACACACUGUAUCGUGUCUCAAUGUGGAAAUGAGCUCAUCAUCCUUUAAGCGUGUCGCUAUGGUCAUAUUGAGGGAGUGUGUAGUAGUUGGUGGCUACCUCAGUGAAGGUCAUACAGGAGUAGGGAUAUACCUUGUAUAAGGAAGAGUUUCUAUAACUUAUAGCACUCUGUUCAAAUGUAAAUAUACAUAAUGUGCUGAAGCACUAGUCCCCAGAUGUGUUAAUGACAUAAUAUAUACUUGUCAUUAUACAGCUGACAGCUGAUAUAUACACAUUUACCAAUCAUCAUGUAAAUUUUGUUUUCAACUUUUUUUUACACUUCUGUUGCUUUUGAAAAAUACUGUUUACUAUAGAAGUGAAGACGAAAGGACAUAGUUUGUAAUUAUGUCCUAGAAUUUCUGUUUUAAUGCAGAUAAUCAUUCCACUAUUACUAAGUAAGAAGUCUAUAGCAGUUUAUAUCUUUAUCAUGGUUACAUAAACGUUUUAAUCAGAUCAUGGUUGCAGAAAUGUUUUAAUCAGAUCAUUGUUAUAGAAAUGUUUUAAUUAAAUCAUGGUUAUAGAAAGUUUCAAUUAAAUCAUGGUUAAAGAAAUAUCUGUUGUGUAGCUAUUGAAAUGUAAACUUAUUUCUGGUUUGAUGUGGUUCUUUAUACAAUGUUUUCAUUAGAGUAUUUAAAUCAGUACAUGACAAGGUGACUACAGAGGAGAUUAAAAUAGAAGUUGUAAGAAAAAUGAAGCAAAUAUAAUGGGUAAUGUUAUGUGCAAGUCAUUAAAGGGAAGUAACUCCUGAAACGAAGGGAGAUAAUCCUGAUUUUCUUAUGUGUGACCCUAGUCCCCCUGGUGUUCAGUAUGAAGUAUUUUGUGUUGCUUUUUAUUUCAAUUAUUGUUACAAGUACUACCCUGUUAUCCUUAUAUACAUAUAUAUCAUUUGCAAUAUUUGUUAUGGACUUGUGUGUGUGUUAAUGUAUUUAGUUAUUUCAUCCAAUCUUUACAUUACAUCACUUAUAUACACGUAUAUGGAUGAGUACAUGUGGCCAGUAGGGUUAGAUACAUAGCAGAUUCGAAUGAGUAUGUCGUGUUUAAAGUGUCACAAAUCUCAGAUAUAUACGUCAUACGUCAUAUAACAGCUGAUAUGUCAUGUGUAAAGCUGAUAUACUCGCAUAUACCGUUCAUAUAGUCACGUGAUAUUACGUCAUAGGUCACAUGAUUAUUGAAACGUCACAAUCACAUGAUCAAAGAUAAACUUUUUUUCAUUCAAAUUUAAGAAUAUAUAUAGAUAUAUAUAUUUAGGAAAUAUGAGGUAAAAAGUACCUGCCAAUUAAUAUUAAAGUCGUUCUGACAGGCCAGACCAUCAGAUUCUGUCUGAUAGAAACAUCAGACCUUAUUAAGAUAUUUAUGAUGAAGUGUGUUUUAUAAAGUUGUAUAUAUAUCUUAACAUAGAAAUGCAUGUAUGAGUGAAACUGUGUGUAAAGUGGGAGAUAAAAACGAGAUGGAUGUGAGAGGUAACCGUCAUGUAUUAUAAAUGAAAGGCAAAUUUAAUUCUGUUUUAAAAUUUCGUUACUAAUCAAAUAUUGGGGAUUAUAGCCGUUCUCAUUUUUUCCCAGAAUGCAUUACGCAUAGCUCUAUUCACAAUGAAGAGGGUCAAAAUGAGUUCUGGGAACAUUCAACCUACGAAUGUAGGUUAAAAGUUUGAAGUGUCAAACAAAAAUAUAUUGAUACAGAAAUGGUUUAAGAUAAUAAGGAUGUUUCUAAAUUCCUGAAUGUGUCUUGUAUUUUGAGAUAAAGUUUUGCACUUUUUCAAAAUUCUCAUGAAAAGUACAUGUACAUGCAGUGUUUGGGCUACAUCUAAUCCUUAACGAGAGAAUUUAAAUCUGAAACAAGUUUAACAUUAACUGUUUUAUAUAUUGAAAAGACAGCUGUUUCUUAGUCUAGUAAAAUAGGGUAGGAUUUGCCUGAGAGAAAUAUAAAUUAAAUCAAAGACAAUUCCGAAAAUGAGGAUAUAUAUGCAGACCUAAUCUACUAUUAAAGUGAACGUUUCCAUGGUAAUGACUUUCCAUACUUCGUUUUUAUAUAAUCUGAAGAAUCUAUUUAUAUUCAAGAGAUAUAAAAUAUGAGAGGAUAUCAUUAAAUAUUUUGUUUGAAUGGUUUUAAUAUUAUAACUUCAAAAGUUCUCAAACAUGAAAAUGUUCAGGUUGGUAGUAGGUUCAGUUUGUGUGAAUGUUAGACUCCCUGUUAAUGUGUGGUGUACGUGUGUUGUACGUGUGAUGUAUGUACGAUGUACGGGUGAUGUAUGUACGAUGUACGUGUGAUUUACGUGUGUUGUAAGUGUUAUGAACGCUUUGUGAAUGGGUGAUGUGUGGUUUAAGAGUAUAUACAUUCUUGAUUACAUGUGGCUGAAAAGUUGAACUUGGACUAUUUUUUGACGGAAGUGUUGUGUGCAAUCAUGUAAUUUGCAAUACAAGCUAAUUUUAUACAAUA